AUGAAAACAUGGGGGGAGGUUACAAGUUGCAUUGACGAAUGGCUCAUGCUGUCUCUCAAUGAAAGUGACACCAUUUUGGCAGAAUUUGAUAAAAAAUACAGCAUGACAGAAUAUGUACUUGAAUUUGACGCGUUUUCCAUUCUCCGAAUUUGUGUAGAGAAGGAAACUGGAACUCGUCGAGCUGCCAAAAUUAUAAUGCGCUCUUCUUUACAUCCUGAAGCUCAAUUUACCGAAUCUAAAAGGAAAAAAGGAGCUAGUAUUCACGAUGAGAUUACCAUUAUGAUGCGUUUGGAUCAUCCCAACAUUAACCAUUUGCGAGACUAUUACGAGACUGACAACGCUAUCAUUCUGUUGAUGGAUUUUUAUCUGGGGGGUGAGCUGCUCGACGAUACUUUGAGGAAUGCUACCUACAAGGAAUGUGAAAUUCAGUGUAUUGUGACGCAGCUUCUCUCUGGUGUACAGUUUCUUCAUUCCAAUGGUAUUGUACAUACGAACUUGAGACCAGACAAUAUCUUCGUGUAUGACCAAAAGGAUGCCCACAAACGCGUCACGAUUUCUGGUUUUUAUCUCGCACAAAUUUUGCCAGAAGAGGAAUGUCUGAUCUUAGUAUCUACUUCUCCUCAAUAUUUUGCACCUGAAAUUUUGAUGGGUCAAGGUUACGAUGAAAGCGUGGACGUUUGGUCGUGUGGUGUGAUUGCUUAUACUUUAUUAUGCGGUUAUACGCCAUUCCAUGGUGAUAGUGUGCAAGCCACGCUCCAAAAUACUGUGAACGUGGAAUAUGAAUUCCGCAAACCAGAUUGGAUAUUACAGUCACCAUUCGCUAUGGACUUUAUCCGGCAAUGUCUUUGCCCCAAGCACACACGAAUGACAGUGCAUGAAGCCUUGCAGCAUCCCUGGAUUACGCAAGUCCUGGGAAGCACUGAAGGAGAGGUGCCUGAAUUGACGAGAAUACCCAAACAAUCAUCGUCCCCUCAAUCCAAAACAGAAUUACUCAAAUCUCAAAUACAAGGUCUGGUCGCGUUGCAAAGUUUGCGAAAUCAGAAUCAAGCCGGGACAAAUCGCGGGAUCCCAAUGCUCGACAAUGUGAUCGAGCAAUUGCAAGCGCGAGUGAAGAAACUUGAUCAUUCUCUAUCCAAGGAGGAUACUUGCAGCGAAACGCGGUGUGCCAAUGCACCAACUGACAAGAAAGCUUGUGAGAAAGACGAAAAUAUAUCAAAGCAAAGCUCUUAUACAGGACACUUUAUUCGUGAAUCAACAGCUGAAUCACAACAAGUGUCACAUUCAUCGGACACUAUUCAAGUGCUAAAUAAGUUGCUUGAGCAAUAUCGUACCGGAAAAUUGCCCGCGUAUUCGCGAGUGGAUCCAAAAGCUGAACUUCAGCCAAAGGAAGACUUGACGUUCAAAAAAGCCAUUCGAUCCGUGCCUGCUAUUCUGAACCGAGGCUAUUCAUUUGGAAGUGCAUUACUAUCGCACUUGGUAUACGGUCCACCAAAGAAGUCUUGGGGUGUCGAGAUGUCUAUCUUAACUAGAAUGAUUCGGGAAUUCGCUGAAGAAAACACAGACCUGGCUUCUAUCCAAGGUCUGCAACAAUUUGUUGAGCUCGUGAGAUUCUUACCGAUUCCCGAAGAUGGUCUUAUUACUCCGGUGACUUUCCGGGUGAAGCGGCGCAAUUUGCGCGGUUUUCUAACUGAGUAUGAUGAACAAGAAACCGGAAAACGCGAGCUCACGGGUGAAUGGAUCGUGGGUAAACAGACAUGGCGCAGACUCCAAAGCGAAUGGCAAAGUGGAAAUCGUUCGCGAAGUGAACGCGUUAUUUUGUAUGUCCAUGGCGGUGCGUAUUAUAUCAUGUCGGCUACAACGCACCGUCCAUUGACGGUUGCCAUAAGCAAGUACUGUGAAUGUCGAGUGUUUUGUGUAAAUUAUCGACUCGCUCCUGAAACGAUUUUUCCUGGUGCCCUGCAAGACGUGGUCUACUCUUAUUUACGUCUCACGGACGACUUACAUAUUCCUGCCAACAAUAUUGUUCUGGCAGCUGACAGUGCUGGAGCAGGACUAGGAGUGGCACUUAUGAUGUAUUUGCGUGAUAAUGACUAUCCUCUCCCGAGUGGUGCUAUGCUGAUGAGCCCGUGGGUUGAUCUGACUCUAUCGUGUGACUCGUGGGAGACAAACAAGGAAUUUGACUAUUUACCUCGACCUUGGCGUGGCAACCACAUGAAUCCAAUCAACGCUUACUUGGGGCCCAAUAUGGACAAAUACUUGAUGCAUCCCUAUGUGAGCCCUUUGUUUGGUGAAAUGAAGGGCCUACCCCCCAUGCUGGUCCAGUCAGGCGAUGCUGAGAGGCUGCGUGAUGAAGGUGUGCUAUUUUGUCACAAAUGCGCCUUGGCUGGUGUGCCAGUGCGCCAUGAAAUUUACGAAGAUUGUGUGCAUGUGUUCCAAUUUUUCCUAUUUUUAGACGCCAGUCGAAAGGCAUUCCAGAGUAUGCGUCACUUUAUGCGCAAAGUAUUGGAUCAUCGAAAGAAACGUAAGGCUUUCGUGGUCACUGAAGAUGUCCGUGAGCAAUUAGAUCAGGAAAUGUCGGGGACAGGUUCUGAAGAACCUGUAGAGCCUGGCUCACCGAGUAGUCACCAGCGCCCUGCCGAAGAAGAUAGAGCAGGUGGCAUUUGGCAGCAGACGCUCGAGGGACUUGGUCCAGAAGGGGACGAGGAUAUGGAGACGUGGGAGUUGGAUAAUGACGAAGAGGAGGAAGAAGCUCAAGCGCAACACAACAAGUCGGUGUCGCAAUGA